AUGGCUAAACUAUACUACCGCUAUGGAACAGUCUCUUCUGCAAAGACCUUAAACCUGCUUGCAGUGGCUGAAAACUACCGUAUUCAAGGAAGGGCCGUUCUUCUGAUCAAGCCCAAGCUAGACACUCGAUUUGGGCUGCGUAUCAUCAAAUCUAAAGUUGGGCUCGAAUCUGCAGCGGACAUCCUGCUUUCUUCAGAAGAAGGUGUCUUCCUUUCUGGAGAUGGCAAUGGAAUCCCACAUACAGAUCGUGAAAAUGGAUCUUCAUUUCUCCAUCUGACGUCCCUAGAGGUUUUCCAGCAUCCCACGGAUCUUUUUUGUGUGCUGGUUGAUGAGGCCCAGUUUCUUUCUCCCGUCCACAUUGAAGAGCUUCGUGAAAUCGCAACUAGCCAUGGCAUCCCGGUCAUUUGCUACGGCCUUCGAACGGAUUUCCGCUCUAGACUCUUCCCAGCUUCAAAGCGUCUAUUUGAACUGGCUGAUUCUAUUGAAGAGAUCAAGACCACAUGCUACUAUUGUGGACACUGUAAGGCGACAUUAUCCUUGAAGCAUGUUGACGGGGUUGCCUCCCUGGAAGGACCCGCUAUUCAGCUUGGAUGCGAAGAGACCUACCAUCCCGCUUGUUUCAAGUGCUACAAAGAAAAGAUUAUCCUCAGCAACCCAAAGAGUUAUGCCAAGCGCACAGAGACGCAUUCAUAUCUUGUUUUCCCCGACGAGCUUUGA